AUGUCCAACAUCCACACUGCAACCAACAGCAUGGAAAAGUUGUCAACUUAUUUGCAUUCCCUAUCCCAAACCCCUCACAGGCUCAGAAAAAGAAUGCUAGCCACAUGGACCCCAGACCAGGAGUUCAACCAAGUCAGGCACAGAUCUGGGGCUGACAUGAAGAGGAAGCUCAGGUGGUAUGAUCUGGUUGCUCUUGGUGUUGGAGGAAUGCUUGGUGUUGGUGUGUUUGUCACUACUGGCUCUGUUGCCCUUCACCACUCUGGUCCUUCAGUCUUCAUUUCCUAUAUCAUAGCAGGAAUUUCAGCCCUUCUCUCCUCCUUGUGUUACACUGAAUUUGCUGUUCAAGUCCCAGUUGCAGGAGGAGCUUUCAGUUAUUUAAGAUUAACCUUUGGGGAAUUCUUGGGAUAUUUUGCUGGGGCAAAUAUACUAAUGGAGUAUGUGUUCUCAAACGCUGCCGUAGCAAGGAGCUUUACAGAAUAUUUGAGCAUUGCGUUUGGAGAAAAUGAUCCAAAUGUGUGGAGAGUCGAAGUCCAUGGCUUGCCGAAGGACUAUAACAUGUUGGAUUUUCCAGCUGUGGCAGUCAUUCUUAUUCUCACUCUCUUUUUGUGUCAUAGUACAAAGGAAAGCUCCAUGUUGAACCUCAUUAUGACAGCCUUCCACGUGAUUUUCUUUGGAUUCAUCAUAAUCGCUGGUUAUUGCAAUGGAAGUGCCAAAAACUUGGUUAAUCCAAAAGGUCUAGCACCUUUUGGUGUUAGAGGUGUUCUUGAUGGAGCAGCAAUAGUUUAUUUCAGUUAUAUAGGCUAUGACUCCGCUUCAACCAUGGCUGAGGAGGUCAAAGACCCUAUUAAGAGCCUACCCAUUGGAAUUGUGGGUUCAGUUCUUAUAACCACUUUGCUCUAUUGCCUAAUGUCUCUGUCUUUGUGCAUGAUGACUCCUUACAACAAGAUAUCAGAGAAAGCAUCAUUUUCAAUAGCUUUUCUAAAAGUUGGUUGGAGUUGGGCAAGCAACCUAGUCGGGGCAGGUGCAAGUUUGGGCAUAGUGGCUUCUCUCUUGGUUGCCAUGUUAGGCCAAGCAAGAUACCUUUGUGUUAUUGGAAGGGCAAGGUUGGUACCAUCUUGGUUAGCCAAAGUACACCCUUCAACAGGCACACCAUUGAAUGCCACGGUCUUUUUGGGAAUUUGCACAGCAUCUAUUGCACUAUUCACAGAGCUUGACAUUAUAAUUGAGUUGAUAAGCAUUGGCACACUGUUGGUGUUCUACAUGGUAGCCAACGCUCUUAUAUACCGUCGAUACGUAAUCACUGGCCAUGCCCCACCUUCGCACACUCUUUUGUUCCUCUUUCUCCUUUCUCUAAGUGCACUAUGCUUCUCCAUUGUGUGGAAAUUUAAGCAGCAAUGGUGGGGUCUAGUACUUUUUGGUGGGUUUAUGAUCGCCAUCACUGCCUUCUAUCAACACGUGGUGCCUAAUACUACCAUUGCCCAACAUGCUCAACAACCGCAACAUUGGUCCGUGCCAUUCAUGCCAUGGCCACCCUCCAUGUCCAUCUUUCUUAACGUUUUCCUCAUGACCACACUCAAAACCCUUUCUUUCCAACGUUUUGCCAUAUGGGCAUGCCUCAUUACCAUCUUCUAUGUGCUCUAUGGCGUCCACAACACUUUUGAGGCAGAGGAGAUUGAGAUGAGUGGUGUAAGUGUUGUUGGUGAUGAAGUGAAUUCAAGUGUACACAACUUGCAAACCAAGGUGGAAAUUCAAGUGCAUUAG